CCGCCGCGCUCCGCCCGCUUCACAAGCCGGCGCCCGCGCUGGAGCCGGUGCCGGAGCGGCGGGCCGGGCCCCCGCCUGCCCUGCCUUGCCCGGGCCUGACCGCCCUCCCCGCCCCGCGGGUCUGACCUCGCCGCUGGCCGCCGCCGAGCUGCCUCCGCCUGCGGUGGAUGCCGCCGGGGAGCGGGCGGAGCGCGCCGCCGGGGAGGGGGGCUGCCGCGGCCGCCGGAGCCCGCGUACAUGCGAGUACCCUCUCCGCUCACCAGCAUGCUUUACUUCCAGAUGGUGAUCAUGGCAGGGACCGUGAUGCUGGCUUAUUAUUUUGAGUACACGGACACCUUCACGGUCAACGUGCAAGGCUUCUUCUGCUACGAGGGCGCGUACAGAAAGCCCUACCCGGGCCCGGAGGACCGCAGCGCCGUGCCCCCGGUGCUGCUCUACUCGCUGACCGCAGGCGUGCCCGUGCUGGUGAUUAUCGUUGGAGAAACUGCAGUGUUUUGUCUACAGUUAGCUACAAAGGAUUUUGAAAACCAAGAAAAAACAAUAUUAACUGGAGACUGUUGUUAUAUAAAUCCACUGGUGCGCAGGACCAUCAGAUUCCUUGGAAUUUACGCAUUUGGACUGUUUGCUACGGACAUCUUUGUAAAUGCUGGACAAGUAGUAACAGGGAAUCUUGCACCACAUUUUCUUGCACUUUGUAAACCCAACUAUACAGCACUUGGAUGUAAACAGUACACACAGUUCAUCAGUAGCGUACAUGCCUGUACUGGAAAUCCAGACCUUAUCAUGAAAGCCAGAAAGACAUUCCCAUCCAAAGAAGCAGCACUAAGCGUAUAUGCAGCUAUGUAUCUGGCUAUGUAUAUUACCAACACAGUAAAAGCCAGAGGAACAAGGCUUGCAAAACCUGUUCUGUGUUUGGGCUUAAUGUGCUUGGCUUUCCUUACUGGAAUCAACAGAGUAGCAGAGUAUCGAAAUCACUGGUCAGAUGUAAUAGCAGGAUUUGUAAUUGGAAUAUCUAUAGCAGUGUUUUUGGUUGUUUGUGUGGUAAAUAACUUCAGAGGACGUCAGCCAGAGCAUGAACAUUCUCAUAUGGAUAAUCUGGCCCAGAUGCCCAUGAUCAGCAUACCCCGAGUAGAAAGCCCUUUAGAAAAGAACCACAUCACGGCCUUUGCAGAAGUCACAUGAUGUUGACGCUGAUGUAUAUUCACUCCAUUGGACUUCAUCUCUUUUCACAGCCCACACAUGAUAAUUGCAGUGAUUCAAAAAUAAGAAAUUUUUGGAAGUCCUAUUUCUGACUUGAUUUUUACAUCAUUAAAACGAUACCAACAUUUUGAAGAAUUCUUAAAUAUUAAAACGUCACUUUACUUUCUAGCAAAAAUAUUAACUGUUUACUUUUUGAUGGAAUGGGACAAACUGAGCACUAAUUAUAUUUAUCUGACAAUACCCUCUAUUUUGGCUUCUCAUUGUUUUUAAUGGUUCAUGUACCUAUUCCAACAGUACUUCAUAUUUUGAUUUGACUUUGAUUUUUGAAAUCUACAUUUUUAAUUCAGCAUGAACGUGUUUCCAUUUGAGGCAAUUUCAGUGUAUAAAAACUAGACAUAUAUUAUGUUCUGUAUGAAAAUGCUGUUUGCACAUUGUAUUACGCUGUAUUCCAUGUAAGAUAUCAUUCAAACAGUAUGUUAUAUGUAAGACUGGUGCUUCUGCUUUUGAAGAGAAAAAAAAAAAUGCCAAUUUUUACUGUAAUAAGUAUUGUAUCAUAAUUAAAAGUUUAUUUAUUUGGAUAUUUUCCUGACAUAAUUGUAGUUGAAUUGUUGUUUUGUAGUUCUUGAAUGUCUUGGAUGAUAUAUAUGUAUCUAGGUUAAAAGAAAUGAAAAUAAUAUAGAAAGUUUGAUCAUCGAUAUAUUCUUUAUUACUAAUGAUAUCCCGUGAAAGGUUAAGGGCUCCGUUCUUAGCUCAGCAUAUCUGAUGGGAGGCCGUGCUAUUCAUAAAUCAUUUAAACAAGUUAUUCAAGGAAGCCCGCAUCUUCUCAUACCAUCUUCUCAUACUUGUUGUACACCCUGAUAUUAUGCUGGGAGAAUGGGUGCUAAAAUAAGAAGAGGGUCACUGGCUUAGUGAGAAAGUGCAUAUGAGCUUCUACUCUCCAUUUUCAUGGCAGAGCACUCAUGGAAAAAACAAAAUGGUUUUAUGUAUUUUCUUCAGCCUGUGUGACCAGGACAGGCAGACUUUCUGUCUACAAAUCUUUCUAUCUCUGUUUGUGUUUCAGGGCCAUAUUUGCAAAAAAAUCCUGUCAGUCUGUGCAGUGUUGACAAAUUGAUUUUUCUUCAACAUCAGGCAAUGUUAUUAUAUCUCUGUUAUCACUGUGAAUAAUCAAAUUGAGCCUCCCCUUCAAAAGACAGCCUUGCUGACUAUUCACAGUGAAGUUGUCCUAUGAAAACUGAGCACCAAAUGGAUCUGGAUAUUGUAGUUGCUGAAGAUGCUGUUAACAUCUGCCAAAAAAUUUUCCUCUGGCAACAGCUGAUACAACACUAGCACUAUAGACACAUUGAGAAUAGUAAUGUUCAGUGCAGGCUGUUGAACAUUCUGGGCCUUAAAUUUUCCAUAAUGCAGUGUAUUUCCUGUGCAUUAAUCAUUGUUAGAAGAUGUUUGAAACAUAAGGCUGUAGAAUCAGGUAUGUAUUUUCUAUGAUGAAUUCUAAUGUAUUCCCACAUCCAGGCGACGCUUGCUUUUUACUUUUUAUUUUAACCUCUGCUUUCAUUAAAAUACAAGUACCUAAAUAGUGCUUGGCAAAACAGGGCAAGGCCAAGUCAUCUUUGAGUGCAGUAGAGCAUAUCUCACAGUCAUUGUCCUAAGCUGAAAAUUAGAGAAUGAAGAAAUACAUCAGUGGGGAGAAAAGUCCUAGAAUAGAGCCCUUAGCUACAACAAUGUUACUUAGGUGAUUGAAAUUCCACCUUUAUUAGACUAUCAACUGUGUUUACAAAAUUGUAGUAGGUCCAAAGUUUGUAUCACCAUGUUAGGCACACUUACCCUUCUCUUAGUCUAGCUAUUUAGGGUCCAAGGUACUAAUGAUUUCUCCGUGUGCAGAUUUAAAUGAAAUCUUCACUCAUUUUUGCAUGGUAGCAAACCUGCGUUUUUUAUAUCUGAUUUAUAAGAUUACCAAGAGAUUCUUUUAUGUUAAAAGAGAUGACUCUUUUUCAGUGUACUGUAUAUCAUCAGCUUGUAACUGGUCUCUUUCUCUCUCAGGAUCUUUCCCAGUCAAAUAUUUGGGUUAAAUUUAUCAUAUUAUCUCUGUGAACCAGCAGUGAGAAUACAAAGAGAGACACUCUGCUGUAUAAUGUAUUUUUAAAUAAAAUAAUUUUUCAUUCA